AUGUCUUCGAAAAAUAACAAUUCGCCAAUUUUCGACAAAGCCUUGGGCGAAAUUGUUAAUAUUAUUGUUUCCUACGACAUGGGAUGGAGCAAAAGAGGAAACGGUAGAAGCUACGACAGCCUGAAUGGCUACGGAGCAAUAAUAGGAAUGCUUAGUGGCAAAGUUUUGGACUACGCAACAAGAAACCGAAAAUGUAAAAAGUGUGAUCUGGGUCAUUCGGAAAGUGAUCACGAUUGCCGGAAAAAUUUUCAAGGAAGCGCCAAGGCUAUGGAAGCAUCUGUUGGAGCUCAAUUGAUAAACAAUAGCUCUAUUCUCGAAGCGGCAGGCGUUAAAGUUCGCGUUGUAAUAGGCGACGAGGAUAGUUCCACGAUGGCAGCAGUUCGUAAAGAAAAUCCGCAAGUCAUCUAUAAAUUAGCUGAUAGAAAUCAUCUUUCAAAGAAUUUCGUCAGCGAUUUAUACAAAAUCAAGCCACUGUUCUCUGAGAUGAGUAAAAAAGAAACAAUUCCUCAUAUAAAGAAAUGUUUCAAUUUUGCUAUUGCACAAAAUAAAGGCAACGCGUCAACUUUAGCAGUGGCCAUACGCAGUAUCCCAGAUCAUGUCUUCGGGAAACAUGAACAUUGUGGAGACUGGUGCCACAAAGAUGGGCAUAAAAUAACGCUAACAAAUGAGGCAUUAUAUUCGAAAUUGCUCGACAUUUUUUCAAAAUAUGCAGCCAAUUCUUCGAAGUUAUGUGUAGCUGCAUCGAGCCAAGCAAACGAAGCACUCAACAGUAUAAUGGCUCAUAAAUGCCCUAAAAAAACGUGCUUUUCUUUAACUGCAUCAGCUGAUGCUCGUAUGGCCAGUGCAGUAUGCACAAAGAAUGACGGCGACAGACACGUGACAAGUAUUGAAAACAUAUUAAAUGUUUCUCCUGGAAAACAUAAUGCGACGUAUGCAGAGAAAAGAGAUAAGUUGAAAUUGGCAAAGUCAGCUAAAUCAAAGCUACGUUCCAUGAAAUUGCGUCGAAACAUAUUGAAACAAGGCAGAGAAGUAUUAAGAAAAAAACUAGAACGAUCAGAAGGUGUUCAAUACCGACCUAAUUAUGGCUUCGAGCUCGACGUCAAUUCAAACGAAAUACCAAAUCUGCAGGAAGAUAAGACAAAAGUAAUCUAUUUUGAUUUAGAAACCUCUGGGUUUGGAUAUUCAGCCGAUAUUCUACAAAUCGCAGCGGUAUGCGAAGAAAAUUCUUUUUGUGUAUACGUAACUCCUACACAAACAGUUCACGCUCAAGCUCAAAGAAUUACUGGAUUCAAAAAUGUCGGCGGAGAACUGUACUGCAGAGAUAAGAAAGUUGAUUCAAUUCCAUUGCACGAUGCCUUGCGCUCAUUUUUACAAUUUUUGAGUGUGUCAGGUCAGCCAUGCCUGCUCGUUGCUCAUAAUGCUAAUUUUGAUUGCUCGCAUUUGCUCUUGGCCACACAAAAAUAUGGCAUGACAAGAGAAUUCCAAACAAGGAUUGCUGGCUUCUCGGAUACAUAUCUGAUCCUCAAAAAAUUGCACCCGACGCGAAAAGGACAAGGGAUGUUCAAACUUGAAAGAUUAGCCAAUGAUCUAAUCAAUAUAAACGGGAAAGAAAAUUUCCACGAUGCAUUGUUUGAUGUACAAGUUUUGAAAGAACUUGUAACAAGCUGCAUCCCUAGAAAAACUUUAUUUGAGAACCGCAAAUCUUUUAUGGAGAAAUGUGAACAAUUGAACCGAUCACAAAAUUCCGGAAAUAUCGCAAAAUUUCUGCAACCGUUGAAAGAAGUUGUAUCAGCUGGAAUGAUAAAAAAAAUCGCGAAUGCCGGAAUCACUUUCGAAAAGUUAAAGGAGACUCAUCUGUCGAGUCGAGCCGUCUUGGAAAUCGAGUCGAGACUUCUUACGGGAAACGAUUCUGAAUUUUGGCAAAAGAAUAUUGUAAUUCGACAUCUCGUCUCGUCUGUAAUACGAGAGUCGAAAGUAGUAUUUGUCGUUAUUCGUAAGCGUGAUCCUACGCAAAUCGUCAAGUCGUCUAACGCGCAUUGUGUAAACCCUCGAGGAGUUCGUUACGUCUCAACGUGUACAGCGCCCUAUAGUACGAGGAAAACUCAGGAAAUUGUUUCGUCAAAACCCGAAUUGGGAGAAUUUGUCAAUCUGAUUGUCAACGAACAAACAGGAGAGAAACAAAACGGUAGAAGAACACCAUCAAAAGAAAGAUUUUUGUCUAGAAAUAAAACCUUGUCCGGAAGAUGA